UGUCAAACGUUAUUUUAUAACUGAUUUUCCCCCCCAUUUAGCUCUGUUCACCGUUACGUGUGUGCACCACUGAAACUUGUCCGGCGGAAGUUGUGUUUGCGGGCUUGUCACAAAAGAAAUGGCGAGCGGUAUCGGCAAACACAAGAUACUGAAUGUGGGGCCGACAGAGCCAUGGUCAGUCAAAGAGAAACUGUGUCUGGCCUCCUCGGUUAUGAGGAGUGGCGACCAAAACUGGGUGUCUGUAAGUAGAGCCAUCAAGCCUUUCUCAGAGCCUGGCCGUCCACCUGACUGGUUCUCACAGAAGCACUGUGCCUCACAAUACUCAGAGCUGCUGGAGGCCACAGAAGCACCAAAGCGAAAGCGUGGUGAGAAGGGUGAGGUGGUGGAAACAAUCGAAGACGUCAUCGUUCGCAGGCUAACCACUGAGAGGAUAGAAGAACUGAAAAAACUACUGCGGGACUCACAAGAGCAGUACAGGAAAUUGAAGAAGGAGGUGGAUCUUAUACAGACGGGUCACAUGGACACCAAGCUGAAGGAGCUGUGGACAGAGAUUACACUAAAGAAGAAGCAGGAUGAGGAGGAGGCAGAACAGAAAAGGAAAGCCACCGAGACAGCGUACCAAGCCCGUCAGGCGGUGAAAAACACACCAAAGCGUCUGCCGAGUGUGACUGUCCGCUCUCCCCUGGGUGCCAGCCCCCCCACCAUGGACUCCCAGGGUGACUCUUCGGUCUCCACACCGCCCAUGGACACAGGAGGUGUUGCCUCUGAUGACACCACCACCCACUCUGUUGCCCAGGGGGUCGGAGUGUUUCUACCAGUGAUGGAUGCUCCAGGCCCAGGGCCCAAAGAUGGAGGCCUGGCCACUCUGGUAGAUGAUUCACCGCAAAAGAGGCUCCUAGCCCAGAAGGCCACACCACCGCCCUCACCUCUCCUGUCAGAAUUGCUGAAGAAAGGCAAUCUGAUCUCGGCCAGCCCCCGCAUGGUUGGAGAGGGAGACACUACUGGAAGCCUCACCAAUGGAGUACAGACAGCCACUGCGGUAACCGCCUUACCACCUGGUCAUGAGGUCAUCACAGAGGGUGAAGAGGAAGCUGCAGUGAAGGCAGAGCUCAGUGAGGAGACAGGAUUAGUAGAAGAGGACCUUGUAUCCGUGUCAUACAUGGGAGAUGAAUUGGACCUGGAGACAGUUGGAGACAUCAUUGCCAUCAUUGAGGAGAAGGUCGAUGACUCUGUGGAGGCAUUGGAUGCAGCAGCAGUGGAAGCAGCUCUCUCUCUGUGUGAGGAAGCCGUCUCAGAAGGACACACCCUCCCCGGCCCCUGGGAGACUCAGGAGCUGAAGGCCUCAGACCCAGCACCCACAGUCCAGGACUCUGAUCCUACGCAGGAGACUCAGGAUGUGCCCACGAUGUCUACCCUGAUCCCUCCCAGCAUAGAGACCCAAAAUCAACCAGAAGCUAAAAGAGAGGAACAAAUUAAGGGUAACUGCGAGGGACCUGAGGUGACAGGAAGCGAUAUAACCUCUUCGGUCACCUCUGACGACGGUGCAACAGGAAGUGAGGUGAUGGAGGAGGGGACGACGGGGAAGGAGGCCACUGAAGCAGCGGUCAAGAGUGAAGGAGAGGAGUGGAGCCAGCCGGAACCAAACCCUCCUUGCCUUGACUCCGAGGACAGCUCCGUGUCAGGGAAAGAGUCCAAGGAGGUGAAGGAGGAGGAGGCAGGGAGUGACGGCGACCCAGAGGAAGGGAUGGAGCUGAAGGAAGAGUGCGGGGAGGGGGAGGGUCCCUAUCUGUCAGAGGUGGAGCGGGCAGCCAGCGAGAGUGAAGACGGAUACGGUCCGCCAUCACAGCGCUACACAGCUGAUUCUCUGGCCAGCAGUCCAGCCUCUUCUUCCCAGCUAUCAACGUGUGGUGAGGACCAGGAGGCAGUCCAGGCCCAGAAGAUCUGGAAGAAAGCCAUCAUGCUGGUGUGGAGAGCCGCGGCCAACCACAGGUAUGCCAGUGUCUUCCUACAGCCUGUGUCAGACGACAUUGCACCUGGUUACCACAGUAUCGUACACAGACCCAUGGACCUAUCAGCCAUCAAAAAGAACAUUGAGUCUGGCGUGAUCCGUACGACGGCCGAGUUCCAGCGUGACAUCAUGCUGAUGUUUCAGAAUGCCGUCAUGUACAACUCGUCAGACCACGACGUGUACCACAUGGCGCUGGAGAUGCAGCGUGAUGUCCUGGAGCAUGUCCAGCAGUUCCUUGCCACGCAGCUCAUCAUGCAAACCUCAGAGAGCGCCAUCUCAGCCAAGAGCCUCCGCGGCAGGGAAGGAAAUCGUAAGCCAGGAGAGCCAGCUGAGAAGGACAGUGUCCCAAUGGCCUCUCCUGCUUUCCUUCUCUCUCUCUUUGAUGGCGGCACCAGGGGUCGCCGUAGUGCCAUGGAAGCUGACCUCAAAAUGAAAAAAUAGACUGAGAUUUCAGAGACACUUGAAGAGACAAAGAGACAUUCAGAAUCGGAGGUGGAACUGAGUACUUACCAGUCACCUGGGUUUUUUCUGAAGAGGACUGUGCAGUCUCUGUGUUACCGGUCACCUGGGUUUUUCAAAUCUGUUUGUGCGUGAGAGAGCUGCGUCAUCUUCCUCUUCUCCACUUCAUAUAUUUGAUUCAUGUGCAAUGGGGGUUUGACUCCAGGUCAGACAAGCCGGAGCACUGCUUUCCCCAAGUAUCAUUUCACCAGCAAAGGUUCAUCAUGUCCCUCUACGGAGGAGGAAGAGCAAAGAGAAAGAAAACGUCACCAGCAAAAGCUUGCAACAGAAGGCAGGAUGAGUCCUACUUCUCAGAUUUGCUCGUGUUGAUUCACAGAUGCAUUAAUGCUGCUACUGCAUGUGCAGUGAGACCAAGAUACUGAAUCUAUACCAGUAUCCUCACUGCUAAAAUACAAAUCCGAGAUCCAUAUUCAAGCUGAAAUGUUAACAACCAGAUUUUCUGCCUCUUUUGAUAAGUGUAAUUAAGGAGCUGAAGCUGAUGACAUCACCAAACUGGUAGCUGUUGACUGUUUUGUAGUAACGUUAGUAAUAAUGAGAGUCUGUGUGUGUUGUCCAUGUUUCAGCCCAUUAACUGCAUGUUGCAUCUACAUUGCUGCUGACUGCUUUUCAAGACACUAGUUUUUAGAUUGACUACCUGUCAUCAAGCAGCGCUGAGUUUCCAUUCCAUUCAGGAAAAUAUAAAAUUCUACUUCAAAAUCAAGUGAAAACUAGCAGAAGUGUGAACAUUGGUGGGGAUGUCAGCCCUCCCUGUAAAUAAUGAGUUUCUGUUUGUUAAAGUUACACAGCCGUGAGGUGCGGCUGUUCAUAUUGUUGCAUUCAUUUACUCUCAGCCAUCUGAAAACUGAUGAUAUUAAUUGUCUAAAUCCAGAUUGCAGGCUAGCUGUCAUGAAACUGUUGAAAUGCAUGUUUGUUCAGCACUGACACAAUGUCACAGUUGUGGUGAAAUGAAUGGAAACCAGUAGCUGCUUUUAAAGGUAGAUUUCAGAAAACUAAAUAUAUUCUUUGUGAAGUAGUCUGCAGUAAAAUACAGUUUGAAUGUGUUAGUGGGCUGAAACAUCAUAUGUGAGGUGUGAGGAUCGUUGUUGCUGAAGAAGUACUGAUGGAUCCCUACUCGUCACUUAGGUAUGGCCACAGCGUGCUAUGUAAAUAACAAAACAUGUUUGUGUAAUGUGUGUUAGAUGGGAGUACAAAAACAAGUUUUGUACCUGUGAGAUGGAUCAUGUAGAGUUUUGUGUUUGCGUAGUUGAGACAUGUAUCAUGUGUUCUGUUGUAUAUUUGUUAAAUAAAAAGAUUAUUUGAUCUAAAACUAAAA